GUGGCGCUACAACGCAGAAGACAGCCAUCUAGCCUGGUAUCCCGUCGCAGCAGCAAAAUCACUUUAUCAGCGGAGGAGAGUGAAUCUGCGACGGCGAAGGGGAGCAAGGAUUCACGGACUCAAUCAUGGCUACCGAAACGACAUCGUCCUGCACUGGCUCCAAUUUACUGCAGCCCAUAAGCGAGAUAAUCAAUCUUCCGCUAGACCAGGUGAACUUUGUGGUGUGCCAGCUAUUUGCCCUGCUGACGGCCUUCUGGUUCCGCCUCUACCUCCAUCCCAGUAAGACCAGUCCUUUCAUCAGGCAUGUGGUGGCCACGCUACUUGGCUUCUACCUGGCCCUCUUCUGCUUCGGCUGGUACGCCUUACAUUUCCUGGUCCAGAGCGGCCUGACCUACAGUAUCAUGAUCUUUGCUGGGCUGGAGCACAUGCACAAGUUAUGCUUCAUAGUUGCUCUAGGUUACCUCAGCUUCUGUCAGAUCACCCGGGUCUACGUCUUCGACUACGGCAUGUACUCUGCAGACUUCACCGGGCCAAUGAUGGUCAUCACUCAGAAGAUCACCAGCUUGGCGUUUGAGAUACACGACGGCUUGAUGAGGAAGGAGGAGCAGCUGACCCCCAGUCAGAGAUGCCUAGCUGUAAGGAGGAUGCCCAGUCUGCUGGAGUACCUGAGCUACAACUGUAACUUCAUGGGCAUCCUGGCCGGGCCCACCUGCUCCUACAACGACUACAUGGCCUUCAUCGAGGGCACGGCCUACCAGCCUCGCCACCUGGAGGCCAACGGGAAGGAGAACGGGAAGUACAAGCAGACGGAGCCCUCGCCCAAGAACGACGUGAUCUCCAAGCUGUGUACUUGUGCCAUCUCCCUGGCCAUCUUCCUGUCCGUGUCUAAGAUCUUUCCUGUGGAGCGCUCCAUCGACGACAAGUUCAUCGCCUCUACCCCCUUCAUCCUCCAGGUCCUCUACCUGUACCUCUCCAUGCUGGCCACCAGGCCCAAGUACUACUUCAUUUGGACCCUGUCUGAUGCCAUCAACAACGCUGCAGGCUUUGGCUUCAAUGGCUACAACAAAGAUGGCACCCCAAGAUGGGACCUGAUAUCCAACUUGAGAAUACUGGACAUUGAGUUUGCCACCAGUUUCAAGAUGUUCCUCGACAACUGGAAUAUUCAGACAGCGCUUUGGCUCAAAAGGGUGUGUUACGAGCGCUGUCCCAUCAACCCCACAGCGGCCACCUUCCUACUGUCGGCCAUGUGGCACGGAGUGUACCCCGGGUACUACCUCACCUUCCUCACGGGCAUUGGCAUGACCAUGGCAGCACGGGCACUAAGACACAACAUCAGACCGUACUUCCUGGGUUCAACGACACACAAGAGCGUCUACGAUGUCAUCACGUGGGCGGGGACUCAGAUCACCAUCUCCUACACGGUUGUGCCAUUCGUCCUAUUGGCCGUUGGGCCGUCACUCAAGUUCUACAGGUCAUGGUACUGCUGCAUACACCUGGCCUGCCUGCUGCUGGUGUUAGCCCUUCCAGUGAAGCCACGGCACGUCCGCGCCAAGGAGGAGCAGCAGAACAGUCUACAGGGGGGGUUGACCGGAGACCACAACAGCCACUCCAUCACAGACAACAACUGCAACCAGAAACACAAAGCCACAUGAGACCAGGGAGGAAGCCCCUCCACCCCACACCUCAGAGCUCAAACAACCGGCACAGAGAGAACAAAACUCUGCGCGAACACUGAGACAAAGUGCAGCGAUUCUUUGAGACCACAAAGAACCAAUAAAUGGACAGGAACACAGGAAUAACAGACAAUAACAAACUCAGUUCAACAACAACCCAUCAAACCUUCCAGUAGCGAGGAACGACAGCAAAUCAUGCUUUGGAGAAAUGAGAAGAAACGAGAGGAAUGGAUAGAGAUAAGUAUCCGAGGGCCACUAAACAGCUAGGAUCUAAUGAGUGAUAAUAAUGACAUUAGCGAUGAUGCUAACAGUGCGAUGCUAAAUGACAGAAUGCCGAAGAAUGCAAAACUGACUCUGAAGUUUCCUUACCCUCUAUGUACUGCUAGCAGGUUAGCGGCUAGGCUAGGUGUAGAUUCUGCAGGGUGAGAAUGGUUGUGUGGAGGGGAGCACUUGUGGCAUUGGGAAAUGAAGCAGUUGCAGUUGGACCUCCAGAGGGUAGAGGGCUAGUCAGACAGGUAUCGAGAGGAUUUUUGUCAGGGUCCGAAAACGAUGUAACCUCUACUAGGAAAACAGGUGUAGUAGAAAAUUGAAAGAGAUGAAAUAAAUAACUUUUUUUGUCAGAUGCCAACUUCAAGCAGGCCUUAGGAUCCUCUAAACAUUGUUUGAUUACUCUCACUUCUCUUUUGAUUACUGUCACUUUUUUUCAUAUCUGCUGCUUUUUUGGAAUGAUACUCGUUCUUUAAAGAGGGUUCAUUACAAAGGGAGUAUAUUCACGGUAAUUGUUUAAGGGCUUUUUUGACAUGGGGUUAAUUCUGUCUAGCUUCCUUGUUUUCCUACUGUAUCUGAUUACAAACUGUAGGUUUCCUCUAGGUUCAAAUGUCUUGCCUACCACUGUAACAAAGUUCAGUACUGUUAAACUAGUUUGAAAUCUUCAGAGGCUUCUAGAUUUACUAUGAACUCAAAUGGAAAUCUCCCUCUAGAUUAGUUUUUGAAUCCAUAGCCUCUAAAUGAAAUGCAACAAACUGUAUUGUUUGAACUAAUCGCUCGUGGACAGACUGACCAAAUUAUGCGAGAUUUUAGUUCAGGGUUAACCAAGAUUAUUUGUGACCUUUCUAUAUGAGUAAUUGGAUAUAGGAUGUGACGCUUACUAUCACAAUACAAAUAAAGCUGAUUUGGAUGUGUAUGAAUUACCUUUAGUAACAUUAAAAGGUUGGGCAAUAUGUAUUUGA